AUGAAACAGUUGAACAUGGAUUUGAAGGCCGUCGGUGAAAAGCGUUUACUGCAACUUAAUGAGUUAGAUGAAUUCAGCAUGGAAGCAUAUGAAAACUCAAAACUUUAUAAAGAACGCACCAAAAAGUGGUAUGACUUACACAUUCAGAGGCGAGAGUCUGAAGUGGGACUGAAAGUUCUAUUAUAUAACUCGAAACUCAUGCUCUUCCCGGGAAAAUUAAGGUCAAGAUGGUUGGGUCCUUACACUGUCACAAAGGUUUUGCCAUAUAGAGACAUAGAAGUCAGCCAUGAAACAAAAGGUACCUUCAGAGUCAAUGAGCAAAUGCUGAAACACCACUGGAGCGUUGACUUUUCCAAGAAAAAGUCUAUCGUGAUUGGGUGUGAACAUUCACUCAUUUCGAGGCACAACAUUGUUUUUCAAAAAUUUUCCAGGGUUAAGAUAAUUGAUAGUGAAAUUGAAUUGCAUGUUGUAAUAAAUGCCUAUGGAAAUUUAGGGAAUAACCCUUACCAAUCAAAUUGA